AUGGGCAUGUCUACAGAAGGGGAAAUAUUGUCUGGAAACAUGGGUCAAGCAUCCCAGUUGAUCCGGGCGAAACCAGUAGCUUAUGUUGAGGGUUUAGUGCGUGAGAUUGAGCAAUUGAAAGCUCUCAAUCAACGACCUCCCCCUGAACAGACUGCUCAAACAAACAAUCCUGUGAUCGACUUUGAUCAAGACCUUGAAACUACCGAUGAGCCCUCCCAGAACCCCCUAUUGGAUGAGAAACCAUGGUUUCUUCCUAUCAACUCUUCAAAGGUUCCCAUUCUCAUAGGAGAAGUUGCUGAUACCGUAUUUGCGACCCGCUUCCGCCAACUUAUCACAGGCAAAACUCUGAGUCAUAUCCCUCGUAUCGCAUAUCCUGGCCAUGAUCAGAUCUUAGAGCUUGCGAAGAUCGAAAUUCCUCCACCUGGAGCCUCCCACGCUCGAUUUAUUCUUCGAGUUGCUGUGAAAUUCUUAGAGGGUUCAUUUCAUAUCAUUCGCAAGAGCCUGGUCUCUGAUCUGUUAGACCAAUUUCUCCACGCACCCCAAUCACUUGAUUCACUUUCGACAUGCAAGAUUUUUGCACUUUUUGCGCUGGGAGAACUACACUCUAACCGUUUCCAGAAUCAGGAAACGCAGGUAGCGGGCCUUGCGUAUUAUAGUCAUGCUAGUCGAGCUCAUGGCCUGCUUGAAGAACGACCGUGUGUUGACUCAAUCGAGGUUUCAUUGAUACUGGAAAUCCAGAUGGACGCAGAAUCGUCACAUUUGAAACCACAGCCGAUUAGGUCUCUGCACCUCACUUUCAAUCAGUCUGUUAUCCUUGCGACCCGGCCAGUUUUACUUCACAAACUGCAAAUGCAUAAAGAGUCAAAUGGGAAUGCGCCAGCAAGCGCAGAUCAAACGAUCUCAAGCAAUGUUCAAACUCUAGCAGAAGCAUGCAUUCGAUGCGCUCGGCACUCAUAUUGUACCAUUGUCGAAUCUUGGAUUGAAGGAAACUUCGGAACAUUUGACUAUUUCAAUACCCAGCACCUCUUUUCUGCAGCUACCGUUCUGGCCAUUUCUUGCCUCAUUGGUGGCCCUGGUAGUUCCAAAGAUCAUGAGGAUUUUGAAUUCGCCGGUGAACUUCUCAAAAAGCUGCGGGACUCUGGAAGUUUUGCUGCCAUGGAAUUUUGUCGUCACUUUGAAGAGCUCAAGACGGAUAUUCGCUCGUUCUGGUCCGGCUUACCAGGUACAGAAGCGCAAAGCUUUGAACCCAACAUCACAGGCAACAGUGCCCACCCGAAUCAACUGGAGCCUUUCCUGCAGCCAGAACCUUUGAUGACAUCAGGCAUGGCAUUGGCAGAGCCUUCUGUUGAAGCAUUUCUUCAAAGCGAGCAGAGCUUGACUCAGCUUGAUGUCUUUUGGGAUCAUACUGGACGGGCAGGACUCUACUGGCCCGUAGGCGAUCUGGUUUGA